GUUCCGGAUAUGUUUAUAUGAGAUCAGUCUUUUCCACGAUCCACGUGCAUCGGUGCGCAUUCGCGGACACAAAUCAAAGAGAAAGAACUGCGUAUAGACUGGGGGGUGACGAUCAUAUGGUUGACGAUCAUCCAAUGAAAUCCUACCGCUUGUGGUUGUGACUUGUGAUUGAUCAGCAUCAGCUGUGUCAUAGUCGUCGGUAGGCGCAGCUGACAUCAAUUUUGGAGUAAUUUGUUCUUGCUUUGUGAUAAAGAAAAAAAGUAUUAUUUAUCAUUUCUACAGUAUCAUCAAGUAAUUCUGACAUAAUGAACAGUUCAUCAGAUCCUCGCCGUCCUGAAAAGGAACUUCGCUACAAGCCUUCUGUUGUAGCCAGCCAAGCUCAACCAGGUGAUGAUUUGACACCAGACUACAUGAACAUUUUAGGAAUGAUCUUCAGCAUGUGUGGUUUGAUGAUGAGGUUAAAAUGGUGUGCAUGGGUUGCACUGUACUGUUCGUGUAUUAGUUUUGCAAACUCAAGAGUCAGCGAUGACACAAAGCAGAUUCUAAGCAGUUUCAUGUUGUCGAUCUCUGCUGUAGUGAUGUCAUAUCUACAGAAUCCACAGCCUAUGACACCGCCAUGGGCAACUGCCAUGCAGUGAAAUAUAUGGAAUAGAAUCUUUGAUUUUAAAAAAGACUUGCUAAAAUAUGAAUUCUAUGGAUGAUGGAAAUUUAUAUUAUGUCUAUACAUUACAGUAAUAGAUAUCUAUAUAUUAUGUAUAAAUAAAAUAAAAAUAGGUAAAUGGAUGUUGAUCAUAAAAUAAACAUAGACAUUUUCAUUUUUAUAACUGCAUUAACAUUAAAAUAUGAUGGAGCAUAUUUGAAAGAUCAAUAAUACUUAAAAAAAUGUGUGCAAAAUUAAUAAAUACUUAAAAAAACAACAAAUGCAUAGUUUCUCUAAAGUUACAACACUACAUUGCUAUUAACAAAUUAUCUUUUAUACUUACAAUUUGUAUAAAUAUUUAAUAAUUUGAAUUUAUUUAUUUCCGUUUAAAUUACAAAAAUAAUUUUUUAAAUUAUGUAAUCAGUAUUUGCAUAUGUACUAUGCAUCUUCGUUUCUUGAUGGCGAGUGCUUUAGUGUAGUUAACAUUAUCGUUCCAAAUGACCAAGCAGCUCUUAAUAUCUUAACAAUAUAAAUAACAAUAAAAUUUUGAUUAGUAAUUCUAAUUAAUUUUUUUACAUUUUACAUACUAAAUUAUUUAUAUUUGAUGACAGUUUUAUAAUGUUUUUCAUGAUUUUUGUAAAAAUAUAUUUGAUAUAAAAAUCUAAGGUUUGAUCAAUUUAAAAAACUUAGAAAAAUGUCUACGUAAUAGAUAAUGAAACGUAAAGAAAUGUAAUAAAAUGUAGUAGAUGUGUAAUAAAAUCUAAAAGAGGUUCGAAUAAAUCGAAUAAAAAGUAUAAAAUAUCAUA